AAAAAAUCCCAGAAAUAUCAUUGGUCUUUUUCAUCAAACACUCAUCUUCCAAAAAUCCAGACACUGAUACUUCAUUAUCUUCUUCUUCUUUCUCCCUCAAUGUCUUCUUCCUCUUCACUUUAAUUUAAUCUCAAUAACAAUAAAACACACCCAUCCAAACACGCCCUUAAAUGGAAGCUCUAAAAUCCUCCUUCAUCUCCCCCCUCCCCUUCUCCCAAACCCCAUCAAAACCCAAACCCCCAAAGCCCACAAUCUCCUGCUCCGCCAUCUCUCCAGACCCAUGGUCCUUAAGCGACGGCAACUCCAUCAACAAGCCCAAGCCCAAGUCCAAGAACCCCAAGAACAACCUCUCCGACGACAACGCCCGUCGCAUAAUCAAGAGCAAGGCCCAGUACUUGAGCACUCUGAGGAGGAACCAGGGGUCCAAUGCUCAAACGCCCAGGUGGAUCAAGAGGUCUCCGGAGCAAAUGGUGGCCUAUUUGGAGGAUGAUAGGAAUGGGCAUUUGUAUGGGAAGCAUGUCGUGGCUGCGAUAAAGCGGGUUAGGAGUUUGGCUGGGAGAGGGGAAGGGGAGUAUGAUAUGAGGGUUGUGAUGGCGGGAUUUGUUAGUGUGUUGAGUUUUAGGGAAAUGUGUACUGUGUUGAAGGAGCAGAAGGGGUGGAGGCAAGUGAGGGAUUUUUUCGGGUGGAUGAAAUUGCAGUUAAGCUACCGACCUAGUGUUAUUGUCUACACAAUUGUGAUACGUAUGUAUGGCCAAGUCGGGAAAAUAAAGCUUGCAGAAGAGACCUUCUUGGAGAUGCUUGAAUCAGGGUGCGAGCCUGAUGAAGUUGCUUGUGGUACCAUGCUCUGUGCAUAUGCUAGAUGGGGACGUCACAAGGCUAUGGAGUCAUUUUACUCUGCUGUACGUGAACGAGGGAUAUCUCUUACCAUUGCGGUUUACAAUUUCAUGCUUUCAUCUCUGCAGAAAAAGUCACUCCAUGUUAAUGUCACAGAGUUGUGGAGGCAGAUGGUUGAUACGGGGGUAGUGCCAAAUGAGUUUACUUAUACAGUAGUAAUAAGCUCAUUUGUGAAACAAGGUCAAGCCGAGCAAGCCUUUGAAACUUACAGGGAGAUGAUAAAAUUAAGUUUUAUACCAGAGGAGGUAACUUACAGCCUCCUAAUAAGUUUAAGUGCCAAAAGGGGUGACACGGAUGAAACACUUAGACUAUAUAGGAGCAUGAGAUCACAUGGCAUAGUACCAAGUAAUUUCACAUGUGCAUCACUUUUGGCCCUUCACUACAGAAACAGGGACUAUUCUAGAGCUCUUUCCCUUUUUUUGGAAAUGGGAAAGUAUAAAAUAGCUGCAGAUGAGGUUAUCUAUGGCUUACUAAUUAGGAUAUAUGGGAAACUUGGUCUAUACGAGGAUGCUCAAAAAACUUUCCGAGAGAUUAAGACACUGGGUUUACUUACUGAUGAGAAAACAUAUAUAACAAUGACACAAGUCCAUCUUAAUUCAGGAAACUUUGAGGAAGCUUUGCGUAUUAUGGAAGAAAUGCGUGCUAAAAACAUAUUGUUUUCAAGAUUUGCUUUCAUUGUCUUAUUGCAAUGCAAUGUUAUGAAAGAAGAUGUAGCAGCUGCUGAGGGUACAUUUCAAGCUCUGGCAAAGACUGGGAUUCCUGAUGCUCGUUCCUGUAAAGACAUGCUCAGCUUGUAUAUGAAACUAAGUUUGAUUGACAAGGCAAAAAGUUUUAUUGUUCAGGUAAGGAAAGAUGGGGUAAAUUUCGAUGAGGAGCUUCUAAAGACAGUCAUUAAGUUAUAUUGCCAGGAGAAUAUGUUGAAGGAUGCAGAACAGUUGAUUGAUGAUUUAAAUACAAUUGAAUCUUUUAGGAACAAUAAAUUUAUACAAACAAUUUCCCUGGUUAUGCAUGGUGAAUCUGUAUUGCCUGAUGGUGAUGAUUCUUUUGAGCCCUUGGAUGCACAUGGUACAAUGGCUUUUGGGAUGAUGCUUAGUUUGUAUAUGGCAGAUGGCAAUGGCAGUGGAAUAGAAGAAAAACUCAAAUUUCUGCUCAACACUCCUAAUGGCUUGACAGUUGCUAGCCAACUCAUCAUCAAUUUUAUUAAAGAAGGAGACGCAUCAAAAGCGGAAUGCCUGCAUGCCUUACUACUGAAGCUUGGUUACACCCCGGAGGAUGUUGCAAGUGCAUCUAUGAUAAGUUUGUAUGGAAAGCAACGGAAGCUGAAACAAGCACAAGAAGUCUUUGCAGCAGUGGCAGAUUCAUCUAAAGCUAGAAAACUUUUAUACAGUUCAAUGAUUGAUGCGUAUGCCAAGUGUGGAACAUCAGAGGAAGCAUACCUAUUUUUCAGAGAAGAGACUGUAAAAGGCCAUGAUUUAGGUGCUGUAGCCAUCAGCAUGCUUGUGAAUGUUUUGACUGACUGUGGUAAAUAUAGACUAGCAGAGAACGUUAUUCGUGACUGCUUUCGUAAUAAUAUGGAGCUUGAUACUGUAGCGUACAAUACCUUCAUCAAAGCGAUGCUAGAUGCAGGUAGAUUGCAUUUUGCAGCUAGCAUUUAUGAGCACAUGCUCUCUCUGGGCGUUGUUCCAUCAAUUCAUACAUAUAACACCAUGAUCAGUGUGCAUGGACGUGGUCGAAAUCUGGAUAAAGCCGUGGAGGUAUUUAAGAUGGCUCAAAGUAGGGGGGUGGCUUUGGAUGAGAAAGCAUACACUAAUAUGAUAUGCUAUUAUGGAAAAGCUGGUAAAAGUGAUGAAGCAUCCCUUCUAUUUAGAAAAAUGCGAGAAGAAGGAAUAAAACCUGGGCAGGUGAGUUACAAUAUUAUGAUGAAUGUGUAUUCUACUGCAACACUUCAUCAUGAAGCAGAAGAGCUUUUUGAAACCAUGCAAAGAGAUGGUUGCUCACCAGACUCCUUCACUUACCUUGCCCUUAUUCGAGCUUAUACAAAGGGACUUAAAUACUCUCAAGCAGAGGAAACUAUAAGAUUAAUGAGGAAGAAUGGAAUAUCCCCUUCCUGUGCUCACUUUAACCUCUUACUACACGCCUUUGCAAAAACGGGCAGGACAAAGGAAGCUGCAAUGGUAUUUGAAGAAAUUUUAGGCGCUGGAUUAAUUCCUGAGCUUGCAUGCUACAGAGCUUUACUUGGAGCUUACAUGGACUAUGGACACGUGGAAGAAGGCAUCUCUUUCUAUGAAAAGAUUACUGGUUUAGUUGAACCAGACAGGUUUAUUAUGAGCGCAGCUGUUCAUUUGUACCAGUCAGUUGGCAUGGAACCUAAAUCUGAAGACAUUCUAAAGUCUAUGAAGAGUUUGGGAAUUUCUUUCCUCGAUAAUCUUGUAGUUGGAUCAAAAGCUCAGAGUAUCUAGUCUGUCAAAAUCAGUGCCACCUCUCAUCUAUAUAAUACUGGUGAGGCAGUAAUGAUUACAACGCUAUUGCAAAACCAAAGAUAUGCUGAGAAAAGGAAUUAGCAGAUAUGAAGGCAUGCUGGGAAGAGGUGGUCAGUGACGGCCUUUCCAACCUUCACACGUCUAUGAAGAGAAGAGGUGCUUCUUAAACACGCAAAAUUCGACAAUCUCCAUUAACUUUUGUAAUGGAACUGGGCUAGCCAUAGGCUCAAAAUGAUGACCUUUGGCUCUGGGUGAUACAUAAACAUUAUAACCUCAUCGCUGUUGGUGAAUUGCCGCAUUGCUUGAUUGCAGAACCGUUGAACCUGUAUACAUUGCUUUUUUCUAGGUGCUCUACUGCUGCAGAGACUACUGCCACCAGAUUUUUUGCACAUUUAGAAGAGUCAGGACAGGAUUACUUGAGCUAGUUGUUCUUUUGAAUGAGGAAAGUAUUGUUUAAUUUUA